GAAAUAAAGAAGAAAAGGAAGAGUGUUUAGUUCCACUUGCCACUGCUGCUAUUUGCUGUCAGCACAACAACUCAUUGUGGACGUGUACCAUACUUUUUGGUCACUUUUGGGUUCAGAUGAUGUGACGAAGCUUUUUGUCGUCCCACAGUCAAAUAUUUGACAGCCAUAAAUGAAGAUAAUUUGUGAUCUACCAUGAUUGUUUUACAAGUUAGAACGGAUAGAAGAUUUGAAGAUAAUUCAGGAGGGAAUAUUUUUUAUUUUAAAAUUACCCCAUUACCCUUACAAUUACUUUUCCAUCCAUCCCAUUUAUUACCCCACCCAACCCAACCAUCCGACUUCUUUUAUUAUUUGGCACCUUCUCUAUUCCUUGUCAUUAUUCCACCCACCCGUAUUUAUCUCUUUCUCUCGCACCCUCUCUCCGUUCUCUUCCAUCCCCAUCUCGAAAACUGUACUCCAUCUUCGUCGAUUAAUCUGCAGUCAUCCCACCCACACACCCAUCUAAAGCUUGAAAGCCAAGAAUUGCCGGAAAAUUGUCGGAUUUGUGCAUGCGUGGUGAUUUGAAUGGUGUGGUGGUUGAGGUCUCAGAGGUUUCUUCCGGAUGGGCCAAUUUCGUCCCUGAGGCUGAGGUCUCUUCCGGCUUCGUCCCUGACUCUGAGAUCUCUUUCGGCUUCGUCCCUGACUCUGAGAUCUUUUUCGGCUUCGUCCCUCACUCUAAGAUCUUGCCCGGAUUUGUCCCUGAGGCGGAGAUCUUGCCGGAUUUCAUCCCGGAUUCUGAGCUCAAGUUGGUCCCGGUUUCUGAGAUUGAAGGGGGGUUGAAAGGAAUAAAACAGUUGAGAUCUGAGCAUUUGGACCGAAGAGGUGAAGCCUCCAAUGACAGUAUCAUUGACAUCUACCUACGGCCAAUAGAUACAACAAAUGUUGGCUAUCUUCUACCUGCGUACGCUCCUGCUGAUCCGGACCAUAGAGUUCAAGAAAGAUUGGACAAAUGGGUUUCUAUGUGGCUGCCCCGUUGCAAAAAAUGAAGAUUUUACUCCUUGGGCCAAGUUACCAUCUGUGGAAUUAGUCAGAAGACCUUGCAUGAUCCGCUGCUUUGCUUCGUUAGACAGCCUUUUCUUUUCUUUUUGUUCGAAGAAUUUCUGAAACUUCCAUGUUGCUUUUUGUUGGACAACCUUUUCUUUUUUUUCUGUUGUUUGAAGAAUAUUUGAGACUUCCUCUUGUAAUAUGUGUUGUGUAUAUAUAGAGCCGUGACAUAUUUAAAGUGUUUAAA